UUACACGUUCACUCUUAGUAAUACGAGUAACGUUAAUUAAAAUUGUAAUGAAUUCAUGUAAAGAGUAGUCCACCCUCUCUCUCUCUCUCCUGCCAUAAACGUCUGCUGCGGAGAACUGUUGAUCAUCAAAUCAAAAUCCAUUGGAUUCCACCAAUUCUUCUGUUCUCCCAUAAAAAUCGACCUCGCAGUCGCAAUAGUCGUCAACCAACAGCUGGGGGUUUACCCUAAUGCCCCUCCCUGCGCUGCAUUUCCUUUACGCUGGCGUCUCUCUCUACUACUGCUUUACUCUCCAUACAUUUGAUAAAUUCAACUUCACCCGCUGAUUUGGGGGCUCUACAAUUGCAUUGCGUGCACUUGGUGCUGUUUCGACUGCUGCAUGAGGCGCAGUUGAUUGGAAACCAAGAGCUGUUGGGCGAGUGUGGAUGGUGAAAUGGGUUGAGGAUUUAGGGCUUCUAUGGGGACGCGGGUAUCCGUUUUCUGACGUCACAAAACGGCGGUAGGAUGAGCAACGCUGAGGUCAGCGGAGCUGGUGGGCCCGUGGAGAGAGACAUCGAGCAGGCAAUUACUGCUCUAAAGAAAGGCUCACACUUACUCAAGUAUGGAAGAAGAGGAAAGCCCAAGUUUUGUCCAUUUCGCCUUGCAAAUGAUGAGUCUGUUCUGAUAUGGUUCUCGGGUAAAGAAGAGAAACACCUUAAACUUAGUCAUGUAUCCAGGAUUAUCUCUGGUCAGCGGACUCCAAUUUUCCAAAGGUACCCACGACCUGAGAAGGAAUAUCAGUCUUUGUCUUUGAUAUAUAAUAAUGACAGAUCACUUGAUGUGAUAUGCAAGGAUAAGGAAGAAGCAGAAGUGUGGUUUAGCGGGCUUAAGGCAUUGAUUUCCCGCUAUCAUCAGCGUAAAUGGAGAACAGAAUUAAGGAGUGAUGGAAUUUCCUCUGGAGCUACUAGUCCUAGAAUAUACACUACAAGAAGUUCUCCCCUAAAUUCCCCAUUUGGAGGUGGCGAUAGUUUGCAGAAGGAUGGAAGUCAACUUUACCUCCAUACUCCUUAUGAUAGUCCUCCAAAAAAUGAUGUGGAUAAGGCAUUUUCAGAUGUUAUAUAUGCUGUGCCUCCAAAGGGUUUCUUCCCUUUUGAUUCUGCCACUGGUUCCACCCAUUCGAUUUCCUCUGGAGGUUCAGAUGGUGUGCAUGGUCUCAUGAAAGGUACGGGAAUGGAUACCUUCAGAGUAAGCCUUUCCAGUGCUGUAAGUUCAUCAAGUCAAGGUUCUGGUCAUGGCGAAAAUGAUUCUCUGGGGGAUGUUUAUAUUUGGGGAGAGGGGACAGGUGAUGGCAUUAUAGGUGGUGGACCACACAGAGUUGGAAGUAGUUCUGGUGUACAGAUGGAUUCAUUGCUGCCCAAGGCAUUGGAAUCUGCUGUUGUAUUAGAUGUGCAGAACAUAGCUUGCGGUGGACGACAUGCUUCUCUAGUAAACAAGCAUGGAGAAAUAUUCUCUUGGGGUGAGGAAUUGGGAGGCAGGCUUGGUCAUGGUGUAGAUUCUGAUGUCAUGCAUCCAAAGCUGAUGAAUGCCCUCAUCAAUACUAAAAUCGAGCUUGUUGCAUGUAGUGAUUAUCAUUCUUGUGCAGUCACACUUUCUGGAGAUUUGUACACAUGGGGUGAUGGUCAUUUCGGUGCUUUAGGGCAUGGGAAUGAAGUGAGUCAUUGGAUACCAAAAAUAGUAAAUGGACCACUGGAGGGCAUUCAUGUGUCUUCAAUUUCUUGUGGGCCGUGGCACACUGCUAUCGUGACAUCUGCAGGCCAGUUGUUCACUUUUGGUGAUGGAACAUUCGGGGUUCUUGGUCAUGGAGACAGGGAAAGCAUUUUGAAACCCAGAGAAGUGGAAUCCCUGAAGGGUGCCCGUACUGUACGAGUGGCAUGUGGUGUUUGGCAUACUGCUGCAGUGGUUGAUGUUGUGGUUGGAAGCUCAAGUUCCAGUAAUUGUUCUUCAGGCAAACUACUUACAUGGGGCGAUGGUGACAAAGGUCGACUUGGACAUGGUGACAAGGAAUCAAAACUUGUCCCAACCUCUGUUACUGCUCUCGUUGAACCAAUUUUUUGCCAGGUUGCUUGUGGACACAGCUUGACGGUAGCUCUUACUACCUCUGGUCACGUAUACACUAUGGGUAGUCCAGUUUAUGGGCAGCUAGGUAACCCACAAGCUGUUGGGAAAUUCCCUUCUCGUGUUGAAGGAAAACUAGCUAAGAGUUUUGCAGAGGAGAUAGCUUGUGGUGCUUACCAUGUGGCUGUCUUGACUUCAAAAAUUGAAGUUUAUACCUGGGGGAAGGGAGCAAAUGGUAGAUUAGGUCAUGGAGAUGCAGAUGACAGAAAUUCUCCAACUUUAGUAGAAGCUUUAAAGGAUAAGCAAGUGAAGAGUAUUGCUUGUGGUACUAAUUUUACUGCAGCUAUAUGCCUCCAUAAGGGGGUUUCAGGGGCUGAUCAGUCCAUGUGCUCUGGCUGCCGUCAGCCAUUUAAUUUCAAAAGAAAACGUCACAAUUGUUACAACUGUGGACUUGUAUUUUGUCAUUCAUGCAGCAGCAAGAAGUCACAGAGGGCUUCCAUGGCACCAAAUCCCAACAAACCAUACCGUGUUUGUGAUAAUUGCUUCAAUAAAUUGAAAAGGCCUUUUGAAGCUGAUACACCAUCUCAUUCAUCUGUGAGUAGACUUGGAAGUAUGAACCAGGGGAUGAGUGAUAUAGUAGUCAAAGAUGAAAAGUUGGAUAUAAGAUCUCGGCCUCCGCUGGCUAGGUUCUCUUCUAUGGAAUCCUCGAAACAUGGGGAGAUUCACACCACAAAGAGGAAUAAGAAACUUGAUUUCAGUAGCAGUCGUGUCUCACCAAUCCCAAGUGGGAGUUCUCAGUGGGUCUCGAACAACUUCUCUAAGUCUUUUAAUCCGGUCUUUGGAUCUUCGAAAAAAUUCUCUUCAGCUUCAGUUCCUGGAUCGCGAAUUGUUUCUCGAUCAGCAUCACCAAUAUCAAGAAGGGGCAGCCCUCCUCGUUCUACUACACCUACUCCUACUUUGGGAGGGCUUACAUCACCUAAGGUGGCUCUGAACGAUGCUAAACUGACAAAUGGUAGCCUUAGCCAGGAAGUUAUAAAAUUGAAAGCCCAGGUAGAAAAUCUUACCCACAAGGCUCAACAUCAGGAGGUGGAGCUGGAAACAUCAACUAAACAGCUCAAGGAGGCAAUAGCAAUUGCUGGGGAAGAGACUGCAAAAUGCAAAGCGGCAAAAGAAGUGAUUAAGUCACUUACUACACAACUAAAGGAGAUGGCUGAAAGGCUUCCUGUAAGUUCUGCGAGAAAUGUCAAGCCUCCGCUUUUUACUCCUCUUGGUAUGCCUUCGCCAGACGAUGUUUCCAAUGUCUCUGUUGAUAUGCUGAAUGGUCGAAUAGAUGACCAGGAAGUGCAACCAUAUGAAUCAAGUAACAUGUUGCCUUCUAAUGGAUCCAGCACAGCAAGCCAUCACAGUUUUUAUUAUAACAAACAAGGUCAAACAGAAGCAGUCAUGAGAACUGGAAUUAGAAUAAAAGAAAGUGAUUCUUGUUAUGAAAAUGAAUCGGUUGAGCAAGACGAGCCUGGUGUUUAUAUUACUCUUACCUCCCUACCUGGCGGGCUAAAAGAUCUGAGGCGUGUUCGAUUCAGUCGGAAGCGAUUCAGUGAGAAGCAAGCUGAACAGUGGUGGGCAGAGAAUCGGGCAAGAGUAUAUGAGCGUUACAAUGUACGAAUGCUUGAGAAAUCAAGUGUUGCUGUAGGGAGCGAGGACUUAGCGCACUGACAUCCAAUGUACAUGAUUCUUUUAUUUUCCUCAUACUCACCAAGAUAUAUUUGGUUUAUUCACAGGAAAUAUCGUAUGAAGUAGUUUGGUAUAUAAAGAUAGAGUAGAUGAGCUAAUUUCUCA